AUGCUCAUCAGCACCAUCGGCGCAAGUCUCGAAGCACUCUUGAUCUGGGGCUUCGCACGCAACACCUGGUCCCUCUCCCUCUUCGCCUUAGCAUUCGGCAGCACGGCUGGUGGGUUUGCAGUCUUGCGACCUCGCUUUGCUGCCGAAAUCGUCGGCGAUCAGGAUGAACAAGACAACCAGAGUUUACUCGUGUUUGCCAUCUUGACGGCAAGUCGUGGUUCCGCCAUCGUUGGCUCUGGCUUCAUCAUGACGAGUCUGGUGCAUCAAGGAAGCUCGACCAGAGGUUGGGGUGGUGGUGAGACGUGGUCAAACCUCGUCAUCUAUACCGGUACCAUCAUGUUCGCUGCCAGUUUUGGAGCGGUGGGGGGUGAGAGAACACUGGACAGGACCAACAGUGAUAGCGUAGGCGAGCUUGCCUGA